AUGGAUGGAAUCGCGCGCGUUUUUCUGGCUGGCGGCGCAUCCAGAUCUGUCCGGUAUGACAAUCAAACUACGGUAGAGGUGCGUUUUGUCAAUUUACGUCUACUCAUGGCUUCCUUAAUAAUAUUUCCUGAAUUAGAUGUGAACAGGUUGAAAUAUUUUGAAAGCAUCGUUUUCCAUUAUUUUGAUUUAUUUAUACAUGAUUAAAAGUGACUCAUUUCUCGACAUUUAAUCAAAUAAGGAAAAAUGUCUGCUCGCAUCCAGCAAAAAGGUCCCUGUCACCCUCAUUCGAUCAAUAAUCAAUGCGUUUCGCACGCUUUGCUCCUUUUUAUAUUUUCUCUGUGAGGCGCAGGAUAAGAAAAACGUAAGAAAACGGAGCUUUUGUAGCUGAUCAGAUGAAAUUGUUUCUGUACUGUAACUUUUUGCCCGAAAGAGUUGUUCUGAAGUAAGUGUGAGAACUUUGCUGCACUUUGCUCGCGUUGAAGUGCUAGAGACAAGGCUGUUACAAAUGGGCAAGUUUUCCGUCUUGCGACACCUCACAGCCGCUGAGCGUUCGAUCAAGCAGCGAAGAUUCAAUAUUUUUCGUCUUGCACACUUCUCUGCCAUUAGAUUCGUAAAGCUUGGCGACAGAGAUAGAUCAUAAGAAUGCAUAUUACUCGGAAAUGUUUAAUCCAUUUUUUAAAAGUGUUUAUGAAUAAGAAAUAAUUAUUUCAAUGCCCGAUUCUGUCGAAAAUUUGCAUAUCCAUCGGAAAGAGAUCUUGAAAAGAGCAGUCUUUUAUUGAAGCGAGUUUCCCUGUGGUGUGGCAAGUGGCACCACACAGCCACUGGUGUGUGAUUUGAUUUGCAAUGGCCUAGCCCAGUUCUUUGAAAAUUUUCUCCAAAAAACAUCGAAAGGUCUUGGUAGGUCGCAUAGUAAUAGUAAAAACCUUAUUAAAGUAAAGGUGUCCCCACCCGUCAGUCAGAGAGUUUUCAAGCGAAUUAAUAAACAUUUUAAACCUCACAAUUAUUAAAAGUUAAAGAAGUUAAAAUUAAAUUUUAUAUUGCCCAAAAGCUUUCAUCUUCUGUUUUUUCGUUCGUAGAGCUUCAGUGUUCUUAUGUGUAUAUCCAAAACGGCAUAAAAUGCGGUCAAUUGGUCCAGAGAAAGUGCUUGGUCACCCGUGGGACGCGCCAAGGCUGUCAGGGAUUUUUUUUCUUUGAGGCACCCGCUUCCGCUAUUUCUUGGUAUUCAGCUUUCACUUGGCUCUCAGUCUUUGAGAAGCCCUUGAAGUCGAAGGAUUCUCCAUACAUAGAAAGAAUUUCGGAGUAGCUGGCGUCGCAGAAAACUACGAAAGCCUUUUGAAAAAGCUGCCCUGAAAACGUGGAAGAGUUUUUUUUCGACAUUUGUAAACUAACUUUAAAAGAUCAGUUAUGAUAUACCUGCUAGCGGAAUAUUGCAUGAGUUUUCCAUAUAAAUCUUAUUUCAGAACCGCUGGCGGUAAAAUAUUUUUUCCCAUGGAAUUUGUGAGCAACUCAAGCUUUCUCGAAGUUAUGAAUCGAUGCGCAUAUGUCAUAUUUUCAUUUCUUAAUAAAAUAUACUAGGCGGUAAGGAUUUUCUUCCUUUUUUAUCGGUCUCAUUUUAGACUGCUUAGGAAGCUAAAUACAUUUGGUAAGCAAUUUCAAUUGCUAGUAAAAUGAAGUAAGAUACUAUGAAAAAUGUUCAAGUCAGGUUCCGUUCGUCUAGAAAAUUCACUUGAUCAUUAUUUUGCGAUGGUUUUGCAGCGUGUAAUUCAAGUGGUUCUGCGAGGUGUCAACGUGUCUCAAGUCUCUACACCGCACUUCGCACUCCGUCUAAUUGUUGGCCCAACUCCGAAAACCGCAGGUUUCGAGAAUCUGUGAUCGCAUCAGCAGUUUUUGAGUUUAUCAGGGUCCGGGGACUCACUAUGGCUUCAUCCUUUGCUGCGUGUUUCUCAGUUACCGCAUGUUUUUGCCAAUUAUUUGCCUAUCGGGGUCAACGAAGAACUAAAGUAAGUCUGAACAAUUUUUCAUUUAUUUCUCUAAUUUUUCUCUUCCUUGAGAUUGGAACUCUUGAUGCGUUUCAUGCCUGAGUCGGUUUACGAACUCCAGGUCACGGAUUCUGAAGCUUUCACUUACCUGCAUGAACAGGUUUUCCUCUGAAAACUUGCUUCUUGAAAAAAAAAAAUGAACCAGUCUAGAAUAGUUCGAAAUAAUUUUCAGUUUUCCAUGUAUUUUUGAAAUUUUUUUAGGCGUAAAAAUUCAACGGAACGAUUUUUUCAAAAGCUUCAACUUCUAUAAACUUUAGUGAGAAGUUUUGAAAAACGGCGUAUAAUGCUAACAAGUCUUGAGAAUGGGUUUUCAAGUAGUUUCCGCUCAGGUUGUGGAAGAGUUCUUCGCCCAUGUAGCUUGGAAAACGAAUCUCGAAGUUGCUCUGGAGAUAGCUGCCCUUAAAGUGUGUCGAGACUCCGGCGAGAACAAAGCGUAUGGGUCCAACAGGCUUCUGUAGGGAAUUUGUGAGCUACAGAAAGCACUGCGUGGACCACAAACUCGAACUCGAGGACUUUGACGUGGAGUCCUGUCUUCAGUCUCUGUUGCCCAACACGGCUGUUUGUACCGCCAACGUCAAGGUUUCCACACUCGUCCGCGUGUCAUCUUCGUCUUGACAGGGCGCAGUGAAGAAGCAAUUCGUGCAGCUGAUCAAGAAGCUGGCGUCUUUGUCGCCGUCUGAUUCUAUCGUCCGCUCACUGACGUUGCUCCUCGACGUCGUGAAGUUUGAUGUAGAAGUCUUCAAAGCGAGUCUCGGUGUGCGUUGGCUUCCGGGACCAACUCUUCUCAUGUUUCCGACUUCAGAUAGGCUGGACGAACCCUGUGGAGCUGGUCGUCGGCCCACAUGCCGCUCUCUCGUACCGCAUCAACGACCGAUGUGAUGUCCGUUUUCCAAUUGGAACUAUCCAAACUGACGAUUGAACCGUUUUAAGACUUCCCGUCUCUUGGAGCUUCGUACUAUAGCAGAAAUAACUGUGCGAAGACUCGAAAACUCAUCGGAGAAGACGUUAGUUCAGCUUAGACUUUCCGGCGGAUCUCUGCCCGUUGUAAGUUUCUCAUUUAUGUUUCGGAGAGUAGUCCAAACCGUUAUUUUAAAAGAAAAGAGAAAAGUGAGAAACUUAGGCAAUCACGGUUUCGGGAAACGAAUUGGCACAAUCUUUGGCCCAUCUUCUUGACGGCUACCAAAUGCUGUACAACCAGCGCGAGUCCGUUUACAAACUUCCUGGCCAGUUUUCGUUUUGAUCGUUUCUAUGAAGAGCUUCAUCAUAUGGCUUCUGGGCUGAAUACCAGUUUUAGGUAUAGAAAGAUGUGAGACACUGGAGAUGCGUGCGGCUACAGUGAAUCAGAAAAACACGCCAGGUUCAUUUCAGUUCCCGGCGUUUUAAUCGUAUUUUUUGAAGUGGAAAACGACAUGCGGCUGCAAAGAGAUAGUGUGACUCUGAAGGAGUUGAUCGGCGGUGGUCAGUUUGGCAACGUCUACAAGGCAAUCUAUCACAACCAGGUAGACAUCUUUUCCAUCGUGUACGCUGACUUUUCAAAGUAUUUUUGGUGAAAUCAGUCAGUUGAAAACAGAUCUCGUGGAAACUGGUGUAAACUUGUUCUGGGUGCUCCUUGAAACAUCAUCAAAAAUAAAGUUGACCAUUCUUGCCUGGAAAAACUGCAUCGCGUUGAAUUUUCCAUUUUCUUAUGAAUUUAAGCUCCACCGAAAAUUCCAGAAAGGUCAGUAGGAUUUGGCACUAUUUCCUGAGUUUCUUAUUAACGAAGCUUGACGAGGGAAGUGUGUGAGGUGAAAAUCACAGAUCUGUUUCAAACUUCUGUAACAGACAAUCCUAGAUAUUAGAUCUCGAGAACAAUAAAAAUUAUCUUCUAAAACAAAUAAAAAUGAUCUUCUAAAAGGUUGCAAUAAAGAUGGUCCGUUUGAGGAAACGGCAGAAAGGAUCGCGGUGGCGGUGAAAGUCUGCAAACUGGAAGCCGAGCCGGCGGAUACUCAGUUGAUCCUCCAAGAGUCAAGUUAGUCUUGUCUGAUGUCUCCACACUGAAAGAUAAUUUUUAGAAAUAACCUUGAGAUUUGAAUUUUUUUUUCGAAUUCUAUAAAAAGUUUUAUAAAAAAAAAAACGACGCAGGUUGUCUUGUUAGUCUAUAUUUUGGACUUGAAUAACGUUUAACCGACUUUUUUCUCACAAGAUUAACAUUUAGAAAGAGCGGAACUUUCCCAAAUGUGGUCUGAAAGCUUUCAGGCCUGAUGCGUAAUUUUCGACACGCUCAUAUUAUCACGCUGAUCGGCGUCUGUAUGGAACAGCCCAUGUGGCUGGUGAUGGAACUCGCCUCUCGCGGAGAAGUUCGUAAUUUGCAGUAUAACUUUUCUCAGUCAUAAACAUAAGAGAUUCAAAAUUGUGACUCUGAUAAGUGGUAUGAAUAUUCGGAGUGCGCUUCUUCAAGGAUGAAGCUUCUUAAAGUUAGAACUUUUAUACACUAUUUGCACUUUUAACUGAGAAGCUGAGUUGAGACUUACCGGAUCUUUUGACUUAGUUAAAGUUAAUCCUUCCGAUUUGAAAGGCGAAUGAGCAGAUUCGCGAGGUUGACGUUGCGUGUGUAACGUGGCUUUCUGGCGAAAACUUGAGGUCAAACUACAUUUUUCUCAUUUUCGAUAGUUUUUCAAUGGAGCUAAUCUACUCGCCUUGCCUUUCAAAUCGCGAAAAGUUGACUAUAAGAGAGUUUUUUUUUCAAUUUGAUCUCAAAUAAAAAAGUGAAAAGACCUUUUUUGGUCAGAUCCGCGUUCUCAAAGAACUUGGAAUUUUCAGCUGCGAGAGUAUCUCCAGGCGGAGAAAGACUGGCUGCCGCUGCGAACACUGCUGCUCUUCUGUUCGCAGCUCGCUUCGGCCCUCGUCUACCUCCAUGCAUCGCGUUUCGUUCAUCGCGACAUCGCGGCACGAAACGUCCUCGUUUGCUCGCCCUUGUGCGUCAAACUCGCUGAUUUCGGCCUCAGUCGCGCUCUCGACUAUGACGCCGUUUAUACCGGUACUCUUUUGCCCUUUUUUUUUCGUAUGUUAGAGUUUUGCUCUCAGACUGAUUUAAUUUAGUAUAUGACAGAAUAGUCGCUCCAUGAUUAAUUGAAAAAUCUUUUAAAUUUUCCUAUUCUUCUUCAUCUGUUAGUAUGAGAAGAGCGUGAGACUUAAAAAUGAAAAGAUACUCAAAAAACGGGAUUUUUACUAGGUUUAGAAAAUCGGAAAUAAUUUUCUGAGGGCUACAGUUACAGUUCUUCAAAAAAUUCAGACCGGAAAGAAGUUUUGAUGUAAUUCAUACAUCUUACCUCACAGUUUAAGUAUUAAUGUUUUUUUCGAUGAUUGUUUUUUUGCUGAUUUCAAUUAUCCGUAGAGCACUUCGACGCGUGAGCCUGUUCGAGCAAUUUUGUCUUGACCGCUUUCCCUAGCUCUUUUUUCGAAGGAUCUUCUGUAAUACUCAUUUAAUGCUUCCAGCAUCGAGAGGGAAGCUGCCGAUCAAGUGGCUCGCCCCAGAAUCUGUCAACUUCCGACAGUUCAGCAUGGCUUCGGACGUAUGGAUGUUCGGUCAGUAACUGUGAAUCGUAGUUCCCAAAAUAAGGACAGAAGUCGGUCAAGUACCUCUCUCUUCGGAGCUUCGCCCACUUAGUCACCAUUUCAGCUCAUUAGAAACGAGACACAAUAUUUUCGACGUUCUGACCUAGUCUUGUGUUUUACAAUUCACUACCCCGCUUUAAGUAUGAACAUAAUUUUAUUGACGUUUUGACGACGUGAUGAAACAAGACAAAACGCUUUGGCCUAUCCGAAAGCUGUUCAGGAGUCUGCAUGUGGGAGAUUUUGUCUCUCGGAACCAAACCUUGGGUUGGCGUUCCCAACGCUGAUGUUAUCACUCACAUCGAGCAAGGUGCUCUCAUUUUUCGGCAUAAUUGCACCUUUUUGUUCAGGAAUUCGACCAGCACGCCCCGAGGAGUGCCCUGUGUCUUUGUAUUCGUUCAUUGAAAAACAAGUUUGGGCUCUCGAGGCCCACAAAAGGCCGACCAUUGACCAAGUCGCGAUGGCGAGUCGUUGGGAAAAAUAAAAAUACGUAGUUUGAUGUUCAGGUUGUCGAAAACGUGCUGGCUCAGACGAUCGAAGGGGUCGAAGUAACGGAAAUUAGAGUUUGUAAACCGGUUACAGUACGUUUUUUUUUCUCAUCGUUUUCUUUCUGAACCAGUUUUUCUCUUUUUUAGUUGAGUUAUGACGUCUGAAUUUCUGCAUAGUAUUAUUGCAGUGUUAAAAGUAAUUUUUUGAAGGGCUAUACAGUACUGGCCAUAAAGGUAUUUCAAAGUGGUAAUUCGAGCAUAACUUCUCUGAAAGUGGCUCAAAUGACUUGAAACGUUGAAAAAAUUUUAAAUAACUACGCAGUAACUUUUUUUCCCAAAAAGAAAAAAACUCAUUUGCUCAAGUAAAAACCGGAUUUGAGAGCAAAAAAACCAAAAAGUCGUGAAAAUGAAGAUUUUUUUCUUGAGAUUCGAAAAAUCAUAUCUUCGAAGAAACUCCGAUUUGAAAUCAGAAACUUUUUUUCCCGGUAAAACAAGUCUUCGACUUCCCAAAAAACCUAAUCAGCCCCCUAUCAACCCGAUAGCAAGAGCGUAGUGACUUUUUCUUUGGAAGGCCUUUUUCUUUUUGACGCCUCGUCAUUCAGAUGGACUAUACGAGGUCAUUUUUUUUUUUAGAACAUCAUGUUUCCUGUUGAAAAACUUCGAAAUGCCCUCAAGAAUAGUUUCAUAUCGUUUUCUUAAGCUUUGUCACUAUAUCCUCUCUCCAGAACUCGCUUACUUCAUUAGGUCUGAUUUUAAAAGCUCGGAUUUAAACAGUUUUUCUGGACUUACGGGCAUUCAAAGCAGUUUUUAUCUGAUCAAUCGCUUUUCAAUCGUGAUAUCGAGAAUAAAUAAUGGCCAAAUUGCAGUCUCCCACUUCCUGAAGACUGCUAAUUUUUUUGCUGAAGCAUUAGUUUCACAAGAUCAAAAAAACUUAUUUUUCCCAUAAAGUUUGAAGAAACGUUUUACAAUGCCUAUUUUUUUGACCUGAGAGCUAGAAAGAGGAGUUACAAAUUUAUCUAAUGAUCUUAAACGUUUAAAAAAAUUUUUUUAAAAAAGGGGUUUUUUUAUCAUAUUUCACAAGAUUUAGAGCCUUCUAAGCAACACUUGCUAAAAACGAAGUUUUGAGAACUUUAAGAAACUCAGUAUAACUCACUAUAUCUUUUGAAUAGGUAAGCGAAACACAGUGAAUCUUUUUUUAUUCUUAUUCAUAAAGGUUCUGAAAAAGCUUUGGAAUCUGAAAUAAGAAAUUGAGAAUGUUCUGAUUUUGAAAAACGAGCAGAACCGCUCCAAAUCAGAGGUUUCAAAAUCAGACCUAGUGAAGUAAGCGAGUUCUGGGCAGAGGAACAGUGACAAAGCUCAAGAAAACAGUAUAAAAACUAUUUUUUUGAGGGUGUUUUUGAAGUUUUUUUCAACAUGAAACAUGGUGUUCUCAAACAAAAAAAUGACCUCGUAUAGUCCAUUUGAAUAACGAUGCGUCAAAACACAAAGGCCUUCCAAAGAAAAAGUCACUACGCUCUUACUAUCGGGUUGGUAAGGGGCUGGUUGAACUUUUUGGAAAGCCGAAGUCUUGUUUUACCGGGAAAAAAAAGUUUCUGAUUUCAAAUCGAAGUUUCUUCGAAGAUAUGAUUUUUCGAAUCUCAGGAGAAAAAUCUUCAUUUCCACGAUUUUUGGUUUUUUUGCUCUAAAAUCCUGUCUUACUCGAGCAAAUGAGUUCUUCUUUUGGGAAAAAAUUACUGCGUAGUUAUUUAAAAUUUGUUCAAAGUUUCAAGUCAUUUGAGCCACUUUCAGAGAAGUUAUGCUCGAAUUACCACUUUGAAAUACCUUUAUGGCCAGUACUGUAACUCUACUGAGAAUCAGAAAAAAGUUAUAGACUGGAAUCAGAGUUCUCAAAAUCACAUCUCUAUAAAGAAUCCGUAUAUACUCGUACACUCUUUCGAAAAAAAAUUGGAAGAACCCAAAAAUAUUUCUCUAUAUGAAACUUAAUUGCUGGGUCAAAGCGUCAAAAUAAAAACCUUAUACUAUGAUUUUUAAACUCCCUUUUUCGCGACUUGAAACUACUGUUUUUCUCUGCGCCCUCCUCGUCUCUCAGCGACUCUCUUACGUUGACUCGCUAUUUCAAUUUUUCUCUGACCUUGCCGGUGAGGGAACAGAGAGACGCAGAAACUAGAAACUUGUCAAUUUGCCGCGAGCAGACUAUCUCACAAGUUUUUCGUUCUAGGCAGCUGGAGUGAUAGUGGCGGAAAUGUCGUCCUUGCCGUCUUUGACGCUCUAUCGCACUUUAGAGGAGCAGCGUCGCCAAGCCGAAGAAGACGACAAAUGGCUCGAGGAAGAGCAAGAUGAGAUUCCGGUUUGAGCCCCGAUGUGGUAUUUCAUUUCGAUACUUCUUAGCCAUCGCCUGAAAAAACUUCUCCGCAGCCUCAAGAUAUCCUCACUUCUACUUUUCCACGUAGAAUCACUCACGUCAGCAACGGUGUUCCUGUCUCGAAGGCUCCCAGAGAAGUUUCUUCUUCUUAUUUUCGACGGGUUCACAAGCGUCUCUCAGGACUCCGCUCAACGCGAACUGAGGGAAAGCGUCGAAAAUGUGUGCGAGUCAGUGUCGAGGCUGCAGAAUUCGUUCAACAAUUUGAUGGACAACGACGAAUUUUUGGUCUCAAUCCGGGUUGGUGUUCAAUUCUCGUCAUAUUAAAAAGGGACUGAGAAGAAAUGAGAAACCCGUUAAAAUGCAGAAAAUAACGACGCGUCUCCGAGAGAUGUUCUCGAAGUCAUCGCAGCUGACACGUCGACUCGCCGAAAAUGACGAGCGCCGAAGAGAAGUCGACGUCACGGAGACUCUGAUCGCCAACGACAUGAAGCAGAUGAGCCGCGUCAUGAACAAACUCCAUCAGAACGAUCCCGUCGUGAGUUUCUUUGAAAACUGCGCGUGACUUUAGUCGCUUACGGUAUAUUCCGUCACGACCGAAACUUCAUAUUUUACGCCAUAUUUUUAUUUUUUCAUGCAGAAUUUUUUUUCUCGAAAUUCUUGAGACAAGAUCAGACUUAUCUUUUCAUCUCGAGACGAAAGAUUGUUAAUUUUUGACCGAGACUAGAUCACGCCUCGGGCAUCCCUGAUAUAUACAGUCGGUUUUGUAAAAUAUUUGUAUUUAAAUAGUUUCGGCUGAAAUGAAAAUUCAAACCUUUUUCGACUCGAACUAUAAUUACAGACGUUCAAUGCGAAUCGUCGUGACGUGGUGCGGAUCUGCGGAGAGUUGGCGGUCAACUGCCAGACUUUUCUCGUCCAGCUCUCCAUGCCAUCUCUCGAGUCCGACUUCCAGGCCAUGCUCUCCGACUGUUAA